AUGGCCGAUAAUAAAUCAGAGGAGCAAGUAAUGUCUUUGAAACUUCUAGUGAACAAAGAAACAAACAAAGUCUUAUUUGCUGAGGCAGAGAAACACUUUGUUGACACUCUGUGUAGCUUCUUAACAUUGCCAUUAGGAACAAUUGCAAGACUUCUGCAGAAAGAGUCGAUUAUCGGUCCUGUUACAAUUGGUUGUCUCAAUUCUCUCUAUCAAGGUGUGGCAAAUCUCAACAACAGUUAUUUCUUGUAUGAAACUAUCAAAGAAAUGUUACUGCAACCAAAGAACUCAUCUGAGGAUUACUGCAACACUCUCAAAUUUAACAUUGAUGAUACUGAGCCAACCAAGUACUGCAUAUGUACUGAAUUUGUUCAUAUCGGAUGCGAAUUUAGUUUGUAUACUUCCAAUACCAAAAGCUGUAAUUGUGGGAGUCCUUUGACUCUUCAAGUUUUACCGAAACCUUACUGCGAUGGGUUUGUUACAAAUACAACUUUUGUUAUUACGGACAAUAUAGUUGUCAUGCCACACUCAAUGCAUGUUACAGGCUAUGGCUUACUCAAGAAUUAUGGGAUAAAAAGCACAAGUUCACUAAAGCAAAUGACUGUCAAUGUUACUAAGGAACAGGUACUGGAUCUUCUGAAGUGUUCUUUAAUUUCCAAGUCCCCUUUGACAGAUAUGUUUUUGCGAAAGAAGCCGACCCUUGAAAGGUCAUGCAUUUUCUCAUGCAAUGUUCAAAAUAGUAGUAAUAUUGAAAUCAAUGUGAAACUAGUUAUAAGAAAAUCGGAUGGAAAAGUAUUGUAUGCUCAAGGGGACGAAUAUUUUGCAAACUUACUUUUAUGUUUUCUUACAUUUCCUUUGGGAGGUGUGGUAAGUAAGCUAAGAGGAGAUUGUUCCUUGGGAAGCAUCGAAAGAUUGUACAACAGUAUAGUUGAUAUAGAUGAAACAUAUUUUGUGUCAACAGAAGCCAAGAAAAGACUUGUUGAUCCUGUUGUUGCCCGUCAGUUCAAUUUCAGCAAGCAGAUAUUACCAACUCAGAAAAGUUAUGUGGACUAUUAUUGUUACUACCAUGGUGAAAAUUUUGAACAGAGUAUUACUCAUAAUAAAUUUUUCAUAAGUCAUGAAGUUUGGAGUAAUAAGAGAAACCGUAGAGAAUUGGUCCUACGUAAUAAUUCCAAAACACAUAAAGGUUAUGUCAAGGGAUUGAAAAUAUAUGUGGCUACUGAUGAUUUGAUCAUUUCACAAUCAUCUCCAAUUACAUCUUUAAAUUUAAUUGAUUGUUCCGGAACUCCUCUCGGUGACUUGAAAGAAAAGGUUGUUACCAUCGGUGUCAAGGAGUGUUUUAGCAUAUUGAAGGCUGCUUUGACUUCAACAUCUGCUCUAACAAAUGGACUUGCUCAUCUGUUAACCGAAGUUAAGGAGGAGAAAUAG